UGGGGAUACAAAUAGAGCGCAGAAAGGACAGCGGGGAGCACAAAGGAAUGAAAACAGCACCUCGGAAACUUUCAACCUCAGCCCGCUGUGAUGUGAAUUCAUGUGAGCGCUAAUUAAACUGUGACUUUCGGUGGCUGGCAGGCUGACAACUGCCGGAGAGGCGCAGGGAAUGUGAGUGGACGGAGUGAAGCGGCAGGGCGCACCGCUGUCUCCGACGCUGCUUUUUGUCAGCUGAGCUGUUCGCAUCCCGAGGCCCAGCCGACAUCACGGGCCGCAUCACACAAGGCUGUCUGCCGUCUGUUUCCACGCUGUCCACCAGCCGUGGCAGCCUGUCUGAGCCCCAGCGCCCUGUGGCCACUGUCCUACGUGAUGUAAACAGAGUAGAAGUACCAUGUUGAUGGCUACGCCUCCUCUGCUCCAUCGCCAUCAUGGACCUAUUUCCUGUACACAGUCAUAAACUGACUCCAACAUGGGGGUCAAAACCUUCACCCACAGCUCGACCUCCCACAGCCAGGAGAUGCUGGAGAAGCUCAACGCUUUGCGCAACGAGGGUCACUUAUGUGAUGUCACCAUUCGGGUCCAAGACAAGCUCUUCCUGGCCCACAAAGUAGUCCUGGCCUGCUGCAGUGAAUUCUUCCGCUCCAAACUGGUGGGCCGGCCAGAGGAGGAGGACAAGUUUGUGUUGGAUCUUCAUCACGUGACCGUCAGUGGCUUCGCUCCCCUGUUGGAAUAUGCUUACACGUCCACCCUCUCCAUCAGCACGGAGAAUAUCAUCGACGUUCUGGCUGCUGCGAGUUACAUGCAGAUGUUUGCUGUUGCUAGCACAUGUUCAGAGUUCAUGAAGUCUAGUAUUCUGUGGGGCCCGGGUAACAACAGCAACAAUAACAAUAUAUCGGCAGACAAACCGCAUGAAUCAGCACCAGAGAGCGCCUCAUCAAACUGUGCCCUGACGCCGUUGGACGGCAGCGUGUCACCUGUUUCGUCUGACUGCAGCGUGAUGGAGAGAAACGUUCCUAUAUGCCGCGAAUCGCGACGGAAACGCAAAAGCUUUGUAACAAUGGCAUCACCGGAGAGUCCGCUUAAAUGCACUACACAGAUGGUCACCACCUCCCCUCAGAUCCCCAACCCAUCCCCUUCUUUCUCAGACAGCACAGCCCAGCCCGUGGAGUCCUCCUUGGCCUUCCCAUGGACUUUCCCGUUCGGUAUCGACAGGAGGUUCCACUCAGACAAAUCAAAGCUCCCGGAGAGCCCGCGUUGUUUAGAGCAGGGCACCCCGGGGACCUCGGAGGUGGUAGUCGGCCGGCGGCUCAGUGACUUCCUAACGUGUGAGAGCUCUAAAGCGGUGUCGUCGCCAGUGCCGGCAGAGGAAGAAGAUGUGAGGGUGAAGGUGGAGCGUCUCAGUGAUGAGGAGGUCCAAGAGGCGUCCUCGCAGCCGGUCAGUGCCUCCCAGAGCUCGCUGAGUGACCAGCAGACGGUGCCAGGGAGCGAACAGGUCCAGGAGGAGCUCCUCAUCAGUCCACAGUCCUCCUCUAUAGGGUCGAUGGAUGAAGGAGUGUCUGAGGGCUUGCCGUCAAUGCAGAGCACCUCUAACACUGGAGGCCACGCGGAAGACGAUGAAAGGUUAGAAGGUAUUCAGUAUCCAUACCACCUCUAUAUCAGCCCCUCAGCCAGGCCCGGCACCAAUGGCCCCGACAGGCCCUUCCAGUGUCCAACCUGCGGAGUCAGAUUCACACGCAUUCAAAACCUGAAGCAGCACAUGCUGAUACACUCCGGCAUUAAGCCUUUCCAGUGUGACCGCUGUGGGAAAAAGUUCACACGGGCCUACUCCCUAAAGAUGCAUCGGCUGAAGCACGAAGGUAAACGCUGUUUCCGGUGCCAGAUUUGUAGCGCCACAUUCACGUCCUUCGGUGAAUAUAAGCACCACAUGAGGGUCUCCCGACACAUAAUCCGCAAGCCGCGGAUUUACGAGUGCAAAACGUGCGGGGCCAUGUUCACCAACUCUGGCAAUUUAAUUGUACACCUGAGGAGUCUGAACCAUGAGGCAUCCGAACUAGCAAACUACUUCCAGAGCAGUGAUUUCCUCGUGCCCGACUACCUGAGCCAGGUACAGGAAGAGGAGGAGGCGCUGGGAGUCCAGUAUGAGCUAGAGGAGUCCCAACAUCACCCCGUCUACCCGGGCAGCACCUCCACCUCCACCACCACUGCAGCCUCGUCCUCCUCCUCAGUCCAGAUGCCUGUCAUCUCCCAGGUCUCCUCCUCUACCCAGAAUUGCGAGAGUUCCUCCGGCUUCCUUUCACCCGAGCCCCUGGACCCCCUGGAAGCCCCAGCCUCCCUCAAGAUGGACGCCGACGAGAGGGCCGCCAUGACAGAGGAGACCAAGAUGGACACAAGUGUAGGAGGCAGUUCCCCGGAGGUGUUUGAAGAAGAGCAGCAGCAUGCCCAGGCCAAGGAGCUGGCUUCCAUUACCAUCGAGUGAUUCAAGCCUUCUACUUGCCCAUCAUGUCUUAUUUUGCAGUCAUGUCAUAUGGGAAUAUGUGUUGAGACGCCCCAGCGGCUGUAAGGGACAACUCGGACGCGUGGACAUGUUGAAACCUCAUGUGAAGCCAUCAAGACGCCAAGUUUUCUGAAGACUUCAGUUGCCUUGAUGAUGAUUUUCCACAUGCAACACAGAUUGCACUUAUUGAUUUCUUGUUUUAGAACAAACCAAAUCCAGCAAAGUAAAUGAUACAUUUCUUUGUUUUCUCUGAAAUCAUUUCCCCCGAAACUUGACUGAAGCAGUCUCUCUGUUGGUGCCGUGAGAUUUCAGUAGGUUCACUCCAACACCAGACCUGAGUUUCAACGUGGUAUUUUUCAAGUGAAGCUAGUGAACAGUAUUUUUCAAGAGUCAUUUUUAGGAAGGUUGUUAUUUUUCCCAUAUGACGUGAACGCAGCACUAUCUAAAGUCAUUUCUGUCUUAGCCAAUUUGAGGUCUGUUAAAUCCAAGCCUUGCCCUACUUUUGGAAAGUGCCUGAGAGUUCCCAUUGUAACAAAGCAACGUGUAGAGGAAAAAGAGGUCUUGACUUUGCCAACAGUGACAAAUCAAGUCUUUGCAAACUGAGCUAAAUAUAAAAAAACAAACAUUGUAUUUCAUUUGUAGUGAUAAUGCUAGUUUGUAUGGGCAGAGACUGUGUUAUUCCUUCAGUGCCGUCGCUAUAGGCAAACUGUUAAAUGUCAAUAUUAUCUAUAUUGCAAUAGCUUGUACUGUAGUUUUACUAUUUGAAUGCUGUGUAUGUUGGGUGUUGUGAAAUAUGAUAUGUCUGGUGUGUGUAUGUGCAUUUCUUUUUAUCUACAUGAACACAGUACAUUUCAUUUUUUAAAUGUUUAAAACUUGAAAUUAUAUUGACAGAGUAUUCCCUUAAGACGUUUGUGCAGUAUAUCAUUUUUCUGACCUAAUACAAGUGAUUUUUUUUCUUCUAACUUUUUAAAUGAACACUGUUGUUAAAUCAAACCUCACAUCUCCAACAAAAAACUAAACGCAAGGAGUUUAGUAAAACUUGGAUCAGCACUGAUGCAGCUUUGGUUUCAAAAUCCAACCCAGUAGAUAACAAAAUAACUGACUGAAAUUUAUGUGACACACAAAUUUGGAGCGUGGUGGUUUAUUCAGGGUUCCCACGGUCAUGGAAAAACAUUUCACAAUCUUAUGUUCAAGGCCUGGAAAAGUCGGAAUUCGUACAAAAAUCAUUUAAGGUUUUGGAAAAAACUUUUGGAAUUCAAUUGUUUGUCAUGAAAUUAAUUGUUACAGUAGACAGGUGGAUAUUCUCAUUUAUACAGGUCAUAGUUCUCUCAAGGCAAUUGAAUCGAACGCAACUGGACUUAGUUUUGUCCAUGAAGACGUUUCACCUCUUCAUCAGUUCAUGCUUGUCUGACUAGGCUGGAACUAGUCUGACAAACUGGUGUGGAAAAAAACCCAGGUAUUUAAAACCUCUGAGGAGGUCUUCACAAGGCCAAUGAUGUCAUUGGUUCGUUAGUGCUCAAAAGGUGUGUCAACGACGGUCGUUGAAACUCCUGCUGCAGCAGUGGUCGUUGGAGUUGUUAGAGUCACAUGAACGACAUGGUCGUUCACAAAUGGCCUCAUGUGACUCUAACGACCGUCGUUGACACACCAUUGGAGCACUAACUAACCAAUGACAUCAUUGGCCUUGUGAAGACCUCC